AUGACUGUCACUCUUCGCUCGCUAGUCUCGCUCCUCGCGACCACAGGCUUGGCAGCCGCCGCUUCCUGGAACACCACUUGCACAAGCAAGUCUCAGAGAAAAGCAUGGAACAACAUGACCGAUACUGAGAAGAAGGCUUACAUCGAUGCCGAGCUCUGCCUCCAGUCUACUGCAGCUAAGACCUCCAUCGAAGGCGCCAUCAACCGCUGGGAUGAGCUUGACUGGGCACACAUCACUCAAUCCAACAUCAUUCACAACACUGGAUCUUUCCUUCCUUGGCACCGCUACUUCAUGCGUGUCCACGAGUAUCUCCUCCAGUCCGAGUGUGGCUACGAGGGUGGCCAGCCGUACUGGAACGAGGUCUUGGACAUGGACUCACUCAACACCUCCGUUGUAUUUGAUCCCGACACCGGCUUCGGCGGUGACAGCGACGGUGGAUGUGUCACUGACGGCCCCUUCGUCAACCUGACUCUCCACAUCAACUCCACCUCCAACUAUGCUGAAGAUUGCUUGACCCGCUCAUUCAACUCAAACGGCUUUCAGACCGGACAGCAGCAGUACAUUGAUGAGUGCUUCGCUUCUGAGAACUACACGGCGGCUUUCGAAUGCUACCAGGUUAACCCUCACACCGCGGGCCACUCUGCAGUCGGUGGAACCAUGCUCGAUGUCGUUGGCAGCCCUGGCGAGCCGCUCUUCUUCCUGCACCACACCAAUCUCGACCGUCUCUGGUGGGAGUGGCAGCAGGUCAACAGCUCCCGCUUGACGGACAUGGGAGGCCGCAACAUCCCUCUUACCAGCUAUCUUACCCAGAACGGCAUGGAGUACCCCAGUGCGGCCCUGACGGACUAUUUUGGCGACGGUGGCAACGAAACCACUUUGAACCACAACCUGUGGAUGGUCGAUAUUAUGCCCAACGCAACUAUCAGAGAGGUAAUGGAUAUUGGAGGUGACCUCAUCUGCGCCGAUCAAAAUGGAACCCAAGACGUCUCUAGCCAUUAUCAUUAUCAUUAA